GGUUCGGUCCCGGAAGCAGGGAUGUGGGAGCUGAAAAGUGAGUGGUGGGCGGUGGGCUUCGGGCUUCUGCUGCUACUGGCAGCUUCGGCCCAGGCAGGGGGCUUGGCUCCGCACCACUACACUCCGGACUGGCCGAGCUUGGACUCGCGACCACUGCCGAGAUGGUUCGACGAGGCCAAGUUCGGGUUGUUCGUGCAUUGGGGGGUGUACUCGGUGCCCGCCUGGGGCAGCGAGUGGUUCUGGUGGCACUGGCAGGGCGAGCAGUCGUCGGCGUACGUGCGCUUCAUGAAAGAAAACUACCCGCCCGGCUUCAGCUACGCCGACUUUGCACCGCAGUUUACAGCGCGCUUCUUCCAUCCGGAGGAGUGGGCAGACCUCUUCCAGGCUGCCGGGGCCAAGUAUGUCGUCCUGACCGCAAAGCAUCACGAAGGCUUCACAAACUGGCCAAGCGCCGUGUCUUGGAACUGGAACUCGAAGGACGUGGGGCCCCACCGUGAUUUGGUCGGUGAGUUGGGAGCAGCUGUGCGGAAGAGGAACAUACGAUACGGCCUCUACCACUCGCUCUUUGAGUGGUUCCAUCCACUCUACCUACUAGAUAAGAAAAAUGGCCUCAAGACUCAGCAUUUCGUCAGUACAAAAACAAUGCCAGAGCUGUACGACCUCGUGAAUAGGUACAAGCCUGACCUAAUCUGGUCUGAUGGGGAGUGGGAGUGUCCCGAUUCGUACUGGAACUCCACGGAGUUCCUUGCUUGGCUCUACAAUGAAAGCCCGGUCAAGGAUCAGGUGGUAGUGAAUGACCGGUGGGGUCAGAACUGCUCCUGUCGUCACGGAGGGUACUACAACUGUGAAGACAAAUACAGACCACACAGCCUGCCAGACCACAAGUGGGAGAUGUGCACCAGCGUGGACAAGGCGUCCUGGGGCUAUCGGAGAGACAUGAGCAUGUCUACCAUCGUCGACGAAAAUGAAAUCAUUGAGGAAUUGGUUCAGACAAUAAGUCUGGGAGGCAACUAUCUUCUCAACAUCGGACCGAAUAAAGACGGCGUGAUCGUCCCCAUCUUCCAGGAAAGGCUCCUUGCUGUUGGCAAGUGGCUGCAGAUCAACGGGGAGGCCAUCUAUGCCUCCAAACCAUGGAGGGUGCAGUCUGAAAAGAACAAGACAGUUGUGUGGUACACCACUAAAGACUCGGCUGUUUAUGCCACUUUUCUGCACUGGCCAGAAGAUGGAGUGGUAAACCUCCAAUCUCCCAAAAUGACAUCGGCCACAAAGAUAACGAUGCUAGGAAUGGAAGGAGAACUGCACUGGACCCAGGACCCACUGGAAGGCGUCCUCAUCACUCUGCCCCAGUUGCCACCAGGCACUUUCCCAGUGGAGUCUGCCUGGACUCUAAAGCUGACAAAAGUGAACUGAUCGCAGGAGCUCAAGGAUAGAGGGCCCAGUGUGCUGCUGUCUCUUAAGGAUUAUCGUGAAUAAAGUAGCUUCCUUUCCA